AUGACACGGGUAAUUGUAGUCCUGGGGGCGGGCCUUGCCGGCACCCCGAUCGCCCACUACCUACUCAAGCACCUCGCGGCCAAGGUCGUCGGGGGCCUCAAGGUCAUCCUCGUGUCUCCCAACACGCACUUUUUCGCAAACAUACCAUCGGUCCGCGCCAUCCUCCCAGAUAUGAUCCCCGAGAGCAAGAUUUUCAUCCCCAUCGCCCCGGCUUUUGCCCACUACCCCGCCGGCCGGUUCGAGUUUGUCGUCGGCAAGGCCGAGCAGCUGGAUCCCGGUAGCAACUCUGUCACGAUCCGCGAGAACAAUGACGGCGUAAGGCAGAUCAACUACGACGACAUAGUCAUCGCCACGGGCAGCGCCUUCAAGGAGGGCAUGCCGCUCAAGAACCUCUCGACGACCGAGGAGACUAAGCAGACGCUGCUGGCGUGGAGCGAGCGGAUCAAGGCGGCCAAGUCCAUCGUAGUGGCAGGCGCUGGGGCUACGGGGGUAGAGAUCGCCGGCGAGCUGGGGCAGGAGUACGCUACGGCGGGCACCAAGGAGAUCACACUAGUGGCCGACGGCGAGCUGCCGCUGGCGGGCAAAUACAAGCAGGACGUGCGCGAGACAGUAAAGCGCGAGCUCGAGAAGCUCGGCGUCAAGGUCGUCGUCAACUCCAAGGUCAGCGCCGUCACAGAGGGGAGCGGGGCCAAGGAGCAGACGACCGUCCAGUUGACGACAGUGGGCAGCAGCACCACCAAGACGUCCCUCAAGACGGACCUGCUCCUGCCCACGUACGGCAUCACGCCCAACACGGCCUUCGUCCCCGCCGAGCUGCUCGACGCGCGCGGGUUGAUCAAGCAGACGCCGCUGCUGCGCGCCGAGGGUUACGAUAACGUGUUCGUGGUGGGAGACGCGGGCAACAUCGAGGAGCCGUCGGGGCAGCACGCCGACGUGCAGGCCGCGCACGUCGUCAAGCUGAUCGAGGCGCACGUGCUUGGGGAGUCCGCCGGGAAGCCGGUCGACGAGUACAAGCCCAACCCCAAGAUCGGCGCCGGAUGGAGCUUAGGGAGGAAAAAGGGGACCGGUCAGAUGGGCAACAUGCGCCUGUGGGGCUGGGUCAUCGUCUACUUCAAGUCCAAGACGCUCGGCCUCGACAAGUACGACGGCAUCGUCAAGGGCGAGCGGACUUUGUUGCAGAAUAGCUGGUAG